GGAAGGGGGAGCCGGGCGGGAGCGGCUGUGACACGAUCGCGUCUGACAGGAGCGGGCCGGGAGCGGCUGGGAGCGGAGCGGCCGGGAGCGGGGAGCUGCGGGCGGGCAGGGGGGGAGCAGCCGCUGCCCCACGGCCUCUCCUGAGCGCCCGGUAGCGCCCAGCAGCCGGCGGGUGCCUUCCUUCCUCCCGAGGCUUCCCGGAGCGGGCUCUGGGAAUGGCGCAGCUGCGCGGCACGCGGCGCCCCGGCCUCAGCGCGGCGUAGCCCCCAGCCAGGCCCGGGGAAGUUGCCCGCGGAGGCUUCUGACGGCGGCGAUUUCAGUAAAGGCGUUCUUCUGGUUUUCACUGCUGCGCUUUUGAAUCUACAAGCCAAAAGACUGGAACUUGAAUUUAGUUGAGUUGUAAAUAAAAAGAUCUUUUACACUGUGGCAAAAUGGCUGAUAGUCCAAACUGUGACUUGAAAUCCCUGAGUCCGCUUCAGCUUUUUGAAAGAGUAACUGAACAAGGAGAGAAAGUCAGAGCACUGAAAGCAGGAAAAGCACCAAAGGAUGAAAUAGAUGCAGCAGUGAGGAUGCUGUUAUCAUUAAAGCUGUCAUAUAAAACAACAACAGGACAAGAUUAUCAGGCAGGCUUACCUCCAACAGACCUUGCACUAAUAAACAAUGGUACAACUAAAGAAGAGGAUGAUGAUUUCGUGGACCCCUGGACGGUGCAGACAUCAAAUGCUAAAGGCGUGGAUUAUGACAAACUCAUAGUUCGGUUUGGCAGCACUAAAAUUGACACAGAUCUGAUCAAUCGAAUAGAAAGAGCUAUUGGGCAAAAACCUCACCGCUUUCUACGCAGAGGAAUCUUUUUUUCUCACAGAGAUAUGGACCAAAUCCUUCAUGCUUACGAAAAUAAGAAGUCCUUUUACCUUUAUACAGGCAGAGGGCCGUCCUCUCAGGCAAUGCAUGUUGGUCAUCUUAUCCCAUUUAUAUUCACAAAGUGGCUGCAAGAAGUAUUUGAUGUUCCCUUAGUUAUACAGUUAACUGACGAUGAGAAGUACCUCUGGAAGGAUCUGACAACUGAGAAGGCAUAUGAAUAUGCAAAAGAAAAUGCAAAAGAUAUCAUUGCAUGUGGUUUUGAUGUCAAUAAAACCUUUAUCUUUUCCGAUUUAGACUAUUUGGGGUCAAGUAUGGGAUUCUACAAAAACAUUGUCAAAGUUCAGAAGCAUGUUACGUUUAACCAAGUGAAAGGAAUCUUUGGCUUUACAGACAGUGAUUGCAUUGGAAAGAUCAGUUUUCCUGCUAUUCAAGCAGCUCCAUCCUUCAGUUCAUCAUUUCCACAGAUCUUCAAUGGCAAGGAAGACUUACAGUGUCUUAUUCCGUGUGCUAUUGAUCAGGAUCCUUAUUUUAGAAUGACCCGAGAUGUAGCACCAAGAAUUGGAUAUCCUAAACCAGCCUUACUGCACUCGGUCUUCUUCCCAGCCUUGCAAGGAGCACAGACAAAAAUGAGUGCUAGUGACCCCAACUCCUCCAUCUUCCUCACUGAUACACCCAAACAAAUCAAAACAAAGAUUAACAAGCAUGCCUUCUCGGGAGGCAGAGAUACUAUCGAAGAGCACAGGAAGUAUGGAGGUAACUGCGAUGUUGAUGUGUCUUUCAUGUACCUGACUUUUUUCCUCGAAGAUGAUGACAGGCUUGAACAACUGAAGCAGGCAUACACAAGUGGGGAAUUGCUCACAGGGGAGCUGAAGAAGGUGCUUAUUGAAACAUUGCAGCCCAUGAUAGCAGCUCAUCAAGAGAGACGGAAGCAGGUCACAGAUGAAGUGGUGAAGCAAUUCAUGACUCCACGGAAGCUAGCUUUUGAAUUUUGAAGAAAUGCUUAUGUAACUUACCAUUCAAUGAACCAAAAUUGAUUAACUGUUGUCUUCUGUUGUAUAUGAUCAUUCCCUAGUUAUGUACAGCCUGCAAUCACUCCUUUAUAAAUAUUGCUCUUAGUGAGUUACUUCGUAUGAACAUCAGAGUACAUGAAAAAUUGAAAACUGGACUCGUAUCUACUUAAAGUCAAAGUGUGUUAAUAAAGGCAUUGAAUCUGUACAAGCCAGAAUUACCCAAUAUUGCAGUGAGGCAUGUCUGUCAGCACAAGGCUAUAUUUUAUUGUAUUUCAUGUUGAAAAUAUGAAUAAAAAUGCCAUUUUAAUGA